AGAAUUAUAUAUUCAAUAUUUGUUUUGUUGGGUAGACCUCGUGAAAAGAAGACUAAUAAUACUCCCUUCGUCCAAAAAAGAACUUCCCGGUUUGACCCGGCACGCGAAUUUAUGUGUGAUAAAAAUUGUAUUGACUUUCCCCUCAAACCCCUCAACCUAUUUGCCCUGUCCACCGUCAUAAGCCAUCUACCGGUGUUGCCAACGCCGGCGGCGGUUCACCGACCGACCGUUCUUCGGCACCACUGCCGAUGUUCUUGUCACCGCCCCUCCCCCACCCCCACCAUCGCAGACCUUACGCCGUCAUAGAUCUAUUCCAGAUUCUUGCAGAAAACAAAGGAGAGCUUGGCUUCCCGGCACCUCUAGGAGUGUCCAUGACUCUAGUUGAGAGAGUGACCUUAUAUUGUGAGGAUUUAGUUGUGAACAAAUUAAUGGGAAAGCUACAGGAGAAGAAUCGUGUGUGGAUUGACCCUCUCGAUUUCAGGAAGGGCUUUCGCUCAGACGGAUCGGAGAGGGGGAAGGAUCCCCAAUUCUUUCUCUCUCGGGGAUUUCUGAAGACGCGCGAGAUUUUCCUGGAAUCAGCGUUUAUUGUGGCAACGCUGCUCCCGGUCGGAUCUGUUGUUGCGGCUUAGGUCUCUCCGGUUAGUCGGCUGCCGACAUGGGAGCAGUAAUUGUCUUGGAUGUGAUAACAAGGAACAAUUGAUUUCAUCCUUCAACAAUCCACCAAGAAGGCAAAGAACUAAGGAUCACAAGGCUCCAGUGCCUAGCAUAUCCGAGGAUUUCUGGACCACGAGCACACGGGAUAUGGAUGUGAAUGCCGUUCACUCACGAGGAAGCAUAUCCUCCAUUAGUACUUCAACCCAAGCACUUGAUCCUCACAUCAAUGGAAGUACAAAUACCCCUUCUGAAUUUGUAAAUCAUGGACAAAUUCUAUGGAACCAAAUUAGACAGCAUUGGGUAGGAAGUAAAAAACCUCAAAAUCAGUCACUGCAGCCGCCAGAGCCCAAAUUAAGCUGGAAUGCAACAUAUGAUAGUUUGCUUGGAAGCAACAAACCCUUCACCAAUCCAGUUCCCCUUGGCGAAAUGGUAGAUUUUCUUGUAGAUAUUUGGGAGCAAGAUGGGAUGUAUGAUUGAGAGUGAUUAAGAUCACUUUAAACAACACGAUUGUUGUAAUUCAGGUUUGAUAUGUGGUGAUUGGCUCUUCGCAAUUUGAAGUGCAUUUCGCCGCCUGUACACAAACAAAUUCAGACUUCUGGUGUUCUGGACUGGUAUUAUACAUAGACUACAGAAUUGAGAAGCUGAGGUUCUU